AGAAGGGGAAGGGAGUAAAUCAUUUCUCGCUCUGCGUGGUCGGGUUCGAGCUAAAAAAUCCUCUAAAACCCUAGAACCUCUAAAACCCUAUACCAAUCGUCUGGAGUUAAGGGAUGGCGACUUCAGUUCUUCUCAGGUCUUUGAGGCGUUCAACGCCUUCUCUUUCUUCUCGUGGAUGCUGGACUGGCAAUGCCAAUGUGUCGUGGGCCAACUCUCCUUUGGGUUUCAAAUUGGCAAGUUUGUGUAGACCAUUCAGCUCAAGACCUGCCGGGAAUGAUGUUAUUGGUAUUGACUUGGGAACCACCAACUCAUGUGUUGCAGUCAUGGAAGGAAAGAAUGCAAAAGUAAUUGAAAAUUCUGAAGGAGCUCGAACAACACCAUCUGUGGUUGCCUUCAACCAGAAAGGUGAACUUCUUGUGGGAACUCCAGCCAAACGUCAGGCUGUUACAAACCCAACAAACACAGUUUUUGGAACUAAGCGUCUUAUUGGGAGAAGGUUUGAUGAUCCCCAGACACAGAAAGAAAUGAAAAUGGUUCCAUACAAAAUUGUAAAGGCCCCUAAUGGAGAUGCUUGGGUUGAAGCUAAUGGACAGCAAUAUUCACCAAGCCAGGUUGGGGCUUUUGUUCUGACUAAGAUGAAAGAAACUGCAGAAUCGUACCUUGGAAAGACUGUUUCUAAGGCAGUGAUUACAGUUCCAGCAUAUUUCAAUGAUGCACAGAGACAAGCAACAAAGGACGCAGGGAGAAUUGCUGGACUAGAUGUACAAAGAAUUAUUAAUGAGCCUACUGCGGCAGCACUUUCCUAUGGCUUAAAUAAUAAAGAAGGUCUCAUAGCAGUCUUUGAUCUUGGUGGUGGGACUUUUGAUGUUUCUAUCCUUGAAAUCUCAAGUGGUGUUUUUGAGGUUAAAGCAACCAAUGGAGACACAUUUUUGGGUGGGGAGGAUUUUGACAAUGCCCUUCUAGAAUUUUUAGUCAGUGAGUUCAAGAGAACUGAGGGGAUUGAUCUUUCAAAAGACAGGCUUGCUCUGCAAAGGCUUCGAGAAGCAGCAGAGAAAGCUAAGAUAGAACUGUCAUCAACAUCCCAGACUGAGAUCAAUCUGCCAUUUAUCACAGCUGAUGCAUCGGGUGCAAAGCAUUUGAACAUCACGUUGACCAGAUCAAAGUUUGAGAGUCUGGUGAACACUUUGAUUGAGAGGACCAGAAACCCAUGUAGGAACUGUCUGAAGGAUGCUGGCAUAUCUGUCAAGGAGGUGGAUGAGGUUCUUUUGGUUGGAGGGAUGACACGUGUUCCCAGAGUACAAGAAGUAGUUGCAGAAAUCUUUGGUAAGAGUCCAAGCAAAGGGGUAAAUCCAGAUGAAGCAGUUGCUAUGGGAGCUGCAAUUCAGGGCGGUAUCCUUCGUGGUGAUGUCAAGGAGCUGCUUCUCCUGGACGUCACUCCUCUGUCACUUGGUAUUGAAACUCUGGGUGGUAUUUUCACCAGAUUGAUUAACAGAAAUACAACCAUUCCCACAAAGAAGAGUCAGGUCUUCUCUACAGCAGCUGAUAACCAGACUCAGGUGGGUGUCCGAGUGCUGCAAGGUGAGCGUGAAAUGGCAACUGAUAACAAGCUCCUGGGAGAGUUUGAGCUUGUGGGUAUUCCACCUGCUCCAAGGGGUAUGCCCCAGAUUGAAGUCACAUUCGACAUAGAUGCCAAUGGUAUCGUCACUGUUUCUGCAAAGGACAAGGCCACUGGGAAAGAACAACAGAUCACUAUAAGAUCAUCUGGAGGGCUGUCUGAAGAUGAGAUUGAGAAAAUGGUCAAGGAAGCAGAGCUCCAUGCGCAGAAAGACCAAGAGAGAAAAGCCUUGAUUGAUAUCAAGAACAGUGCAGACACAACGAUCUACAGUAUAGAGAAGAGCCUUGGUGAGUAUAGAGAUAAAAUUCCAGCGGAGGUUGCCACAGAGAUUGAAUCUGCUGUGUCAGAUUUGAGAAAUGCCAUGAAUGGUGAGGACAUAGACGAGAUAAAGUCAAAACUGGACGCCGCAAAUAAGGCUGUGUCAAAGAUUGGCCAGCACAUGGCCGGAGGCUCUGGUGGUUCUUCCUCCUCUGGGUCUCAGGGUGGUGAUCAGGCUACUGAGGCAGAGUACGAGGAAGUGAAGAAGUAAAGCCCUAGAAGGCUACAAGUGACUUUUAUUCUUGGGUAACCUAAUUUCACAAUUUUCUUAAUGUGUUGAAUGCCUGUAACAAUAUUAGCAGUUUUUUGUAUCUCGACGGCUGGGGGUUAUUAGAACUUUCCCAGGCAUUGGAAAUUGCGGAUGCAAUCGGAAACUUGUUCAAUAGAUGGGGCUCAUAAAUGGCAUGUGGUAGCUGGAAUUUAUUGAUUUAAUUUUUCUUUCCCUUGAUCAGCUAAAUGCAUGGUUGCUGGAAAGCAUGGAAAUAUACACUGUUUUUAUC